CAUGUAAUGUUCAAGAUGGCUGCGCCCAUUGAGUGUAAAUACGUCAACGAGUGCGACUGUACUAAAGUGAUUCGUUGACAUCACCAUGGCCACUGAAAUGAACGGUACAAACCGUCAAAGGGUUGAAAAAAUAAUUGAGAAGUUUGUAGCGUUCCUAGAUAAUCAUCAGUGGGUUGUAAGAGUAAACACAGUGAGUUUCUUUACGGAGAAAAUGUGGGAGUGCGUUGUUGUUCGUCAUUUCGGCGAUGUAGCUCGGGAAAUCGUUCAACUCACGGAGACGGAAAUGGCACGCCUCCCUGCCGGUCAGCUACCGCCACCGAAAGACGGUGAAAGAGAACUUUGUGCAAUUCACGAAUUUAUAAAUGAAUGCGUGGAUCAUCGAUUGGAAAAUAGUGGUGUUUUAUGUGAAGUAGACAGCGUUUUGAGCCAACUAACUCAGACUGUCGGGAAAAAAGAUCAUGAACAACGCGACGACAGUCAAAAUCAGGAGAGGUCAUCCUCAUCAUCAGUGGUGCAGCCUAAGGCGUUAAUGAACAUUAAAAAAUCACAUGAGGUUGAAGAGAUGUCACGUUUCACUGCCAAAUUGGCUGGAAUUCAUGAACUUCAAAAGGUGGUUGAUAUUGGCAGUGGUAAAGGUUAUCUCGGGCAGUAUCUCUCCUUGCAACAUGGAUUAGACGUUAUCGGAAUUGACUCAUCAGAUACAAACACCCAUGGCGCCAGAGACAGAAGUCACAAAUUGCAGAAAAAGUGGGCGGGCAUUUCACAGCACAGCAUGAAGAUUCAGCAAAGUUCCAGCAAAUUUGAAAAUCCAAAAGAGGCCUUUAGAGAAAUAUACACUAAGCGUACUCACAAGCUAAAGAAUAUGCAAAGGUUUUUGAAUUGUCCGGACAACACUUGUGAGCCUUCAGUAGAGAAGGAUUCAAGUGGAUCUCAAGGAUUGAAGAAUAUGCCUGGCCAAUCAGAAAGCACUUCUGAAGGUUUAACAAGUCAGAUGGUGAAUGUAUUACCUAUCAGCCAAUCAGAAUGUUCAUCCAGUGAUGUAAAUCAGGGGCUACUGAAUAUGCAUCAGCCUGACAGCCAAUCACCAGGUAUAUUGACAUCAACUGAGAUGACAGACUCAAAUGAUGGGAGUGGCCUAAGUGAGGACCUUCAACAGAUUGAUUUAUACUCGAAUGAUGAUCAGGAUUCUCUACCUGAACAAAAGUCGCCCGUUUAUACUUAUAGUCAAACUAAUCACAACACACACAAGAAAGAAAAGAAACGGACAACCCCUGAAGCGGUAGAGAGUACCGCUGCUUUCAGUACUUCAUCGCAUGGAAAAAAUAACACAACAAAGAAUGGAUCUCGCUUCUGUUCAGUCACUGCGUUUGUUGAACCAAGCACCAGUCUUGCUAGUGUGGUGUCUAGAAAUUCAGAGGAGGCUGAACAGGAAAAUGAAGUGCAGCCAUUUAUGUUAAUUGGCCUGCAUACGUGUGGAGAUCUUGCCCCCUCGACACUGCGUCUGUUUGUUCACAAUGACACGGCCCGGGUGCUCCUGAAUGUCGGAUGCUGUUACCAGAAACUCUCGGAGGAAUUUGAGACUGGGGGCUGGCACGUCCCGGAGACCAAGCCGGAGGCAUGCGGAUUUCCCAUGAGUCACUUCCUGAGGUCAAAGGGCAUCAAGGUGACCAGGCCAGCGCGGAUGCUCGCCAGUAUGGCUGCAGAUAGAAUAGCCACAUCUCAAGUCGUGCCUGCUAUGGGACUGUUCUAUCGAAGUGUGCUACAGGUGUUACUCCGAGACCACUACAGACUGCCUACGAUGUCAGAAAAUGUUGGAAAGCUUGCUCCAAAGUGUCGAAGCUUCCUUGAAUAUGCCAGAAAAGCUCUGAAGAAACUCCAGUUUGAUGACUCUAAGCUUUCCGAUGUGGAGAUCAGCGCCUAUGCCGAGCGUUACCAGCCAUACUUCUGCCAGCUACAAGCGCUCAACCAACUCAGGGUUGCCCUCUCCCCGACUAUAGAGGGCCUCUUCAUGCUGGAUAGACUCUGCUACCUUCAGGAACAGAAGAGCGUCCGUAGUGCAGCAUUAGUCCGACUCUUUGAUCCCGUCACGUCGCCGCGGUGCUACGCCAUCCUAGCCACAAGGUAAAAUCGCAUUUUAAAGGUGUGUUCAGAUCUACCGUACACACCCCUAAACUAAUUGGUACCAGUUACGCCCCAAUCCGCCCUGCCUGUAUGGUUUGGAGAAUUCAUCAGGGAAUAUGAAGACAUUGUCAUACAACGUAAUACAAGUGCUAAUGGGAUAAUGGUUUUACCGGAUAUUAAAUUGGCACUCAAGUGGCAGCAAGACUCUGUUUCACAUAAGUUGGGCUCUUCAAACUGCUUCCUGAAUUUAUUUUUUCUUGCCUCUUUUUCCAAUGAAUGACCAGAAUUACAAGCCAUUACUGAUGUUAAGUAAGAUUUGAGGCUUUGCAUGUUGGAGAUACUAAAUAAUGAAACAUUUGCGGAAACAUCAUGUGCG